GCCUGCCAGUUCAGCAGCAUCUAUUGACGCUGAGAGAAGUGGUUUGAGCUCUGCUGGCCGGCUGUACAGAGAGCAGAACAACUCUGUAAUCCCUCUGUCCCCCGUCUCUGCUGCCUCCCCGCACGUGAAUCAUUUUGUGAAGAGGCAAGGACAGCCAUGGAAGAAGAGUCACAACUCACGUCAGUGGAGCAGGAAGAGGUCCACGUUAUACGUAUGCACAAGGAGGAACUACUGGAGGACAUUCAGAAGCUGAAGAUGGAGAUUGCUCAGGUCAUCACGGACCUGGAGAACUUCAAUCAAGCAGGGGAGAGCAAAGUUGCAGAAAGGAACAAACUGAUGGCUGUGGGCAGGAAGAAAUUCAACAUGGAUCCGAAAAAGGGAAUAGAUUACCUGAUACAGAACAAGGUGCUGUGUCAGAAUGAGGAGGACAUUGCCAAGUUUCUGUACAAGGGGGAAGGCUUAUACAAAACCCCCAUCGGAGACUAUCUUGGAGGGAGAGAAACGUUAAACAUCAGGAUCCUCCAAUCCUUUGUGGAACAGCAUGAGUUUUCCGACCUAAACCUGGUGCAAGCGCUAAGGCAGUUCCUGUGGAGUUUUCGGUUACCGGGAGAGGCGCAGAAGAUCGACAGGAUGAUGGAGGCGUUUGCCACUCGAUACUGUCAGUGUAACCAGGAGGUGUUUCAGUCAACCGACACCUGCUAUGUGCUGUCGUUUGCCAUCAUCAUGUUGAACACAAGUCUACACAACCCCAACGUGAAGGAGAAGCCGGCACUGGAGCGCUUUGUGGCCAUGAACCGAGGGAUCAACAACGGCGGGGACCUUCCACAGGAGCUGCUCAAGAACCUGUAUGAGAGCAUCAAGAACGAGCCCUUCAAGAUCCCCGAAGAUGAUGGCAACGACCUAACGCAUACGUUCUUCAAUCCUGACCGAGAAGGUUGGCUUUCCAAACUGGGCGGGCGUGUGAAAACAUGGAAAAGGCGCUGGUUCAUUUUGACCGACAACUGCUUGUAUUAUUUUGAACACACAACAGACAAGGAACCUAGAGGAAUUAUUCCAUUGGAAAACCUGAGUGUCAAAGCAGCAGAAGACUCGCGGAAAUUGAAUUGUUUUGAUCUGUAUUCGCCCAACAGUAAAGGCCACACCAUCAAAGCCUGCAAGACAGACACGGAUGGGCGGGUCGUCGAAGGCAACCACCAUUUCUACAGAAUAUCUGCACCUUCCAAGGAAGAAAGGGAUACAUGGAUCAAAUCAAUCAGAGCGAGUAUUACGAAAGAUCCUUUUUAUGACAUGGUGGCAGCAAGGAAACGAAAACUAACCAGCAACAAAUUGAACUAGGAAGACCUUCUCGGUCUUACCUCUGAACUACUAAAUAAGACGGUGAAGUAGGUUUCACUAUGACAUUUAUUGCACUUACUACCUCCAGCAGUGUUGGACUCUGCCCGUUUCCACUCGGGUUGCCGUCCGCACCUGUUCCUGAAGUGGGAAUGCCAGGAAUUGGGAAAAUGCAACCCCAACGUGUCCACCUGAGCUGCUCCCAUUUGGUGGAGUCAUAGAGGCAUCCUGGAUUGCCAUCUGCAGAGAAUUCAAGUUCCUUUCACCACAUCAGUUAUUACGAUCAAGUGGAACUACAAUAUCAGUGGUGAAUCUGUCGAAUUCACCGCCAUCGACAGAACUUGCAGUGGAUAUUAUUACGGCGGAGUUUGAUUCUAGAUUAGCAUGGGUGUCUGGGGUUAUGUUGAGCGGGAAAGAUAGAUCAGCCACGAUAGAAUGGCAGAGUCGACUUGAUGGGCCGAAUGGUCCAAUUCCGUGCCUAGAACUUAUGAACAUGCAGGCAGAUUAGAUUGGCAUCAUAUUCAGCACAGACAAAGUGGGCCGAAAGGCCUGUGCUGUACUUUAGACUUAAGAGAUACAGCGUGGAAACAGACCCGCAGAGUCAGUACCAAUCAGCAAUCACCCCGUAUACUAGCACUAUCCUACACACACUAGGGACAAAUUAUAAUUUCACUGAAACCAAUUAAUCUACAAGCCUGCACGUCUUUGGAGUGUGGGAGGAAACCGGAGCACCUGGAGAAAACCCACGCGGUCCCAGGGAGAAUGUACAGGGAGAAUGUACAGAGAGCACCAUAGUGUCAGGAUCAAACCCGGGUCUCUGGCGCUGUGCUGCCCAAUGUUCUGUGCGUGGCUCAGCUGUCAGCGAGCGGAGGACUGGUGACGGGAUCUAGGGAGAGGGCAGGGCUGAAAAUGUCCAGGUUGGGCUGCUCCUAGGCCUGGCCAAGCUGGCCAUCCACGAGUCACGGUGCCAAGCGGAAGAGGGCUUUGUCCGAGCCAGAUGCUUGCCCCUCUACCGGGGUUAUGUCCAUGCCCGGGUGGUGUUAGAAAGGAAC